AUGUCUUACCAGCCGAACAGCAACCUUGAAUCGACUCGGUCGCCCGAAAAGAAAAAUGAGUAUGAUCUUGAACCGCAGACGACACACCGCAGAGGCAGUGUGUUCAGCACAGGUGGACGCAGGGUUUCCAUCACCGACGACGUCUUUGGCGAGAUUACAGAGGAGGGGCCCAACUAUCGCGAUGUUGGUUGGAUGGGUUCUGUUGUCGUCAUGAUCAAGACGCAGAUCGGGCUGGGUGUGCUUUCCAUCCCGUCUGCAUUCGACGCGCUUGGUGUGAUCCCCGGAGUGCUCUGCAUGAUUGGUAUCGGGGGUACAAUCACUUGGGGAAACUACGUGGUUGGUAGAUUCAGGCUCAACCACCCUGAGGUGUACAGUAUCGUAGACGUGGGUGAGAUGAUGGGCGGCAAAUUUGGCAAAGAGUUCAUGAGCGUUGCCUUCAUGCUUUGGUGGAUCUGUGUGGCUGCGGCUGGCUUUUCGAGUAUCUCUACCGCCCUCAACGCCCUUUCCCUGCACGGAACAUGUACUGCUGUUUUCGUCGCCGUAGCCGCCGUAAUUGGCUUCUUGACAGGCUCGAUUAGGACUCUUGGAAAGAUCUCGUGGCUCGCAUGGGCUGGUGUUAUAUCCAUCAUCACCGCGCUGCUCACUUUGACCAUCGCAGUAGGCCUCCAAGAUCGUCCAGCAGCUGCGCCCCAAGAUGGACCGUUCGUUUCGGAUUACAAGUUGAUUGGAAACCCCACAUUCAUCGAGGCAAUGUCCGCUCUCAACACCUUUGUCUUCGCCUACGCUGGUACACCCGCCUUCUUUGCCAUCAUGUCUGAGAUGCGCGACCCCAGGGACUACAACAAAGCCAUGUACAUCUGCCAGGGUACGAUGACCGCUAUCUAUAUCAUCGUCGGUGUCGUGGUUUACUACUUCUGUGGCUCCUACGUGGCAUCUCCUGCUCUUGGAUCUGCUGGCCCUCUUCUCAAGCGCGUCUGUUACGGCCUCGCUAUCACCGGUCUCAUCGCUUCGACUUGCCUCGUCACCCACUAUCCAGCCAAAUAUGUCUUCCUCCGCAUAAUGAAGGGAUCCAAGCACCUUGUCUCGAACUCCAAGACCCAUUGGACUACAUGGCUGUCGUGCACGCUUGGUGUUACACUCGCAGCCUAUGUCAUCUGCUCGGCUGUGCCAAACUUUGGUUCUCUCAUCUCGCUCGUCGGCGCUCUGCUUGCUACAUUUAUGUCGAUGCAACCGCUCGGAGCUAUGUGGCUCUACGAUAACCUUAAGCGCCCAAACAAAGGCACCAAAUGGGUGAUCGGCGUUGUCUGGGCCUCGUUUGUGAUUCUUAUCGGGACAUUCAUCAUGGUUGCUGGUUCGUACAGUGCUAUUGUUGGUAUCAUUGACGAUUACAAUUCUGGAACGUCUGGUGCUUGGUCUUGUGCUGACAAUUCCAACUCGGGUAGUAGCGGACACUAG